ACUCAGCCCGAAGUGAUGGAUUUCUCUGGAAUGUGGAAAUAACAAAGGGGGGCUGGGAGGGAGCGCGAGAGCACAUUAUGAGAGUGGAGGGGGAUCGGCCAAGAUGCUGAGGAUUUUUUUAUGUCAACAGAUUCUGCUAUUCAAAAGCCACACGUGCCUGGUCUGAGAAGCCUGAAAUUUCAGCCCUAACCUGGCUUUUUGGCUGCAUCCAUCAUGGCGAAAGCUCAGCUUCUUUGACAGAAAAAUAGCUCAAGAGAAACAUCCCAUUCAUGUUCAUCCCAUCUUACCUUUGAUGUUGCAGAAUUCUAAAAGACCCCUUUGCAGGUCUUCCUGACACAACGAGCCUGGGCAUUUAAUAAGACUUCUCUGCCAAGAAGACUGAAAAGGAGAGAAGGCGAAGAAAGGAAAGAAGGUGAAGACAGAGCAUUCCCCUGAGCCAAAAGAUUAGGAGGUAAAGAACAGCACCUAUAAAUCAGCUUCCUGACCACCAGACAGAACUGAAAGGCAAAAUGAAAACAAUAGUACUGCUGGUUUUGCUGAAUUUGUUGUUAGGGGGACAUGCCAUGUCCACAAGCCGUCUCUCCUGCUACAGGAAGAUUUUAAAAGAUCGCAACUGUCACAAUAUUCCUGAAGGAGUGGCAGACCUUAAACAGAUUGAUGGACACCUCCAGGACCACUUUUGGGAUGGAAAAGGGUGCGAGAUGAUCUGUUAUUGCAACUUCAGUGAAUUGUUGUGCUGCCCAAAAGACAUCUUCUUUGGGCCAAAAAUCUCUUUUGUGAUCCCUUGCAACAACUAGUGAGAAUCUUCAUGAUAUCAUCUAUAGAAUGCAAGAUAUGAAUCACAGCUUAUCCAGGUUCAAAUUCUGACUCCAGCUCUUACUAACUAUGAUCCUGAAGAAACUGCUUAAUCUUUUGGAGCCUAAGAUGCUUAUCUGUAAAAUGGAGAUAAUAGAACCUACCUCCUAGGGAUGUUAUAUGAGGAUCAGAUGAGAUCAAAUGCUUUGCAAAACCUUGAAGUGUCAUAUGUAUUCUAGAGCAUUCCCCCAAGAAAUCUGUGCAAUUAUCAUCAUAAUAAAACCCUUAAUCAUUA